CUGCAUACAAAAUUUUGAGAUGCGAACAACAAAUAAUGACUUUCUUACGAGGGAAUCGAAUAUGAAAUGGGAGUUGAUAUAAAGAGCGGCAUAUAACGAGAAAAUGAUACCAAUAAAUUGUGACAUAAUGCCAUCUCGUACAACAAAAUCGAGCAUGGCGCUAAAUGAUGAUAAUGACAAUGACAAAGUUAUAGGAUUUGACGUCAGAGAUCAAGACGAAUUGAAUUAUGAAGAUACAAAGAAAUUUAUCAAUACCGCAACUAAAAAGCCAUGUGCUAUCGUGGUACUCUCCAACAUUCAAAAUCCAAGUGUACAGUCACUGUUGCGCAAAUACAGAUACGACGGCAACGGCGUUCUGAUUCCGAGCAGCGUGAAGUACUUCAUUAAACUACCACAAGGGUUGCGUUCGGCGCCGAUUUUAGUCCCAUUGAACGAUAAAGCAUUUUCGCCUUUAGGUGGGUUUGUGAGAUAUUAUAAAGAAGUGCCACCAAUCCCACAGUCGUGGUAAGUAAAUUUAAUAUGUUCGCAUAUUCUCGUAGUUAAUCUCAA